AUGUUUAGAGUCCCCAUCGGCGUCAGGGCGCCCGAGGUGCUUUGGCUCGUGCUCCCUGGCAAGCGAACGUACUGCGGCGCGAUGCCCAGCCAAGGCGUCGCCGUCGGCCAAUCACUUGGAUCGCUUCGUCUGAUGGUGCCCGGUUUUUGGGAGGGCAAGCAAUGGGGGACGGGAGCGCCACGGAACGCAUCGUUUUUGUGCGUCCCUGGUGGCGCGAUUGGCCCCCGUCAAUCCAGAGGGUUCAGGUCCAGCACUGUUUGCAUGGGUCUGCGCACAGGGAUUGUGGGGCUCCCAAACGUGGGGAAGUCCACUCUUUUCAAUGCCAUGGUUGAGGGUGGGAAGGCAGAAGCUGCUAAUUUCCCUUUCUGCACCAUUGAACCAAAUGUUGGUGUGGUCAGUGUGCCAGAUGCUCGUCUUCAGACACUGGGAACACUGUCUAAGUCUGCAAAUGUGGUCCCAACCACCGUGGAAUUUGUGGACAUUGCUGGAUUGGUGAAGGGUGCCAGUAAGGGUGAGGGGCUUGGAAACAAAUUUCUUGGCCACAUCCGGGAGGUGGAUGCCAUCGUUCAUGUUGUGAGGUGCUUCAGUGAUGAAAACGUUGUACAUGUUGAUGGCAAGGUGGAUCCUGCAUCGGACACAGAAGUCAUAAGCUUCGAAUUGAUUUUUUCGGACAUCGCACAAGUGGAGCGAAGAUUAGAGCGGCUGCAGAAAAGUAAGAACAAGUCAGGAGUGGAGGCGGCACAAGCGGCCUUAGAAGAAUCCACUCUGUUGAAAGUGCAAAAGGCACUUGAGAAUGGGGAUCCAGCACGAUCCGCGGAUCUAUCAGCAGAUGAACAGGACGCUAUUAAGCACUUGUGUCUACUGACAAUGAAGCCUGUCAUUUUUGCUGCCAAUGUAAACGAGUCUGAUCUGGCAAACGAAGGGGCCAACAAUGUACAUGUGCAGGAACUCAAGCGCUUGGCUGCCAAAGAAGACGCAGGUGUCGUUGUUGUGUCCGCUCAAGUCGAGGCAGAACUCAAUGAACUUGGGAGAGAAGAGGCUGUGGAGUUUUUGACUUCCCUAGGCGCAAAGGAGAGUGGUCUGGACAGUCUUGUGCGGGCUGUGUACAACAUCCUUGGCGUGCGGACAUACUUCACUUCAGGUGAAAAGGAGACGCGAGCUUGGACCAUCACCAGCGGGAUGACUGCUCCCCAGGCAGCCGGUGUCAUCCACACCGAUUUCGAAAAGGGUUUCAUCAGAGCAGAGACAGUGUCGUAUGAUAGCUUCACGACGCACGGCGGAUUCAAUGGUGCUAGAGAGAAGGGGGACGUGCGCCUAGAGGGAAAGGAGUAUAUUGUUCAAGAGGGCGACGUAAUGCUGUUCCGGUUCAAUGUAUAG